AGUUUUUAACAGUUAGAGAAGCGUUUAAUACCAGUACAGAGGAACUUAUUCAAGUACCACUGUUAAAGGUACAGAAACUCUCUGCAUUUUUUAAAUGUCCCACGCUGCUUGGAUUCCGUCAAAGUACGGGUGAGGUGACAGAUGGAGGAGGAGAAAGAUUGGCUGCUUCUCCAAGAGUUCAAAUCCAUGGAUUUCGUUUUGCGGAGAUGUACAAAGCAUAAUGAAUAUAGAAUAAAUCCAGUUAGAAUCAAUAAAGCGAAAGCAUCCAUUUCAAGAGAAUGUACUCAAAUGAUAAUAAAUUUGAUGCUAUUUCCAGUUCCGAGAGAGGAUGAGAUGCUUCCGGUACGGUGGUUGGAUCUCGUCACCCUGGAGGGUACACAAAAAGGUGGGGGAUCAGCUAGAUACUGCAAGUGGAAAUACCCCUCACUAAAUAACAGAUGUGCAACUUGA